GUCAAUGAGUAGUUGUAAUUUGGAUUCGCAUGUGUUCAUUAGUUCUACGUAGUAAGCCGGUGCCAAUAAUGGGGGGAAUUGUGUUAAAACGGCUAUAAUGUUAGCAUGUAAAUGUGUUUGUGAAUGUCUUUUAAAAUCAUUAGAUUAAAUAAUGAUAAAAUUAUGCCGCCAUUUAGCGAUCAUUUGAGAAGUUAAUAUUAUCGUGCUUAUUGCGAACCUUUUAUUUUCCUAGUGUAUUCCUCGUUAUCUAAUAUUUAUAACAAUGCUCAAUGUUAUCCGGAAAAGUGUACCAUUACAUGCCAUUAAAGCGUUUAGGAGACUGUCCUUGAAUUCAUUCAGUUGAUAUAUUUUUUACUUCUUUUGGAAUAACAAACACGUUAUAAACAACAAAAGUUCACCCACAAUAUAUCAAUGAAUUACUUCUUCAGCCCGCCAUUGAGAGCAGCCAUUAUAUUAAUACGAAAUAAGCACAAGGCAUAGCACAAAGCAAACAUACAUUUCUCUGCAUGGAGUAUUUAAAUGGCCCUAGCCGAGUGUAGCUGGCAACAUACAACCUACCAUCCAUUUUCGCUCACCGACCGCAAUACCCAUCACUCCGAAGACAGGGCCACUUCCGGUGCACACUUCACGUCACUACCGGCCCGUGCGCGGGCAAUGCAGGAGAGUCUUAAGUUCCAAGAAAACCGAUCACUCUUACAAGGCGAGGACGUCGAGGUUUUCUUUAAAAAUCUCGAAGCACCGGAAGAGAGAGAAACACCUGUUAUAAAGCACGAAGUAGAGGCAUCCAAAAACAAACUUGAUAUUCAUUCGGAAAUUUCAACUGUAAGAUCCAUUCCCGACGACAAAGCAAUGUUUCAGAAUUCCAUGCAUGUGAUGCCGAUGGCCGGCACAACACCGACGUACGAUACAACGGGCGCGGGAAGUGGCACUAUGACGUCACUGCACUCAGGCGUGAACCCCGUCUACGUCCCGACGACGCGAGCUGUGUUGCCGCCGAUGCCUUACAUAGCAAACGGAACCAGCCAGUGUGUCUCUUCGCCGAACUCCACCAUGUGGCCAAUGAACCCCGUGGACACUUCAUACAGCGUUGCUAACCCACACGCGUCAGUCAGCCCUAGAUUCGCUUUUGCUCCGUCCCCGGGCUCGCCGAUCUCGACUCCAACGGCGCGCGCGGACAGCGGAUUCACGGCGCCCCUGGCGCGGCCCGGGAGCUUCAACCCGUAUCCGUACUCGACGGACAUGUCCUCGGCCUGGAACUUCCAGGUCGCCUUCCAGCAGGGGUUGCGACCACAGACAGGACCAGACGGGCAGGAGUAUUUCCCGGACCUCGAAGGGCGGGAGUGCGUCAAUUGCGGGGCCAUCUCUACCCCCUUGUGGCGGAGGGACGGCACCGGCCAUUACCUCUGUAACGCCUGUGGCCUCUACCACAAAAUGAACGGGAUGAACAGGCCACUUAUUAAACCACAGAGACGCUUGGGCGAGUUUGGUGAGAUGCUCCCCUACCCGAGCGACCCCUAUAGGCAGAUGAACCCAUGGGCAGACAUGAACACGGGCUUUAUAACGGGGGCAAGGUCAAAAUCCGCGUCCCGAAGAGUUGGUUUGUCUUGUGCCAAUUGCCACACGACAACGACGACCCUGUGGCGGCGGAACAGCGAGGGUGAGCCCGUGUGUAACGCCUGUGGACUUUACUACAAACUACACGGUGUAAAUCGACCCCUUGCUAUGAAGAAGGACGGUAUUCAGACCCGAAAACGGAAGCCAAAGAGUGUUAACAACAAGUCCAAAACGGGUUCAACCACGCCCACAAAUGUCACAUCCGGGUCAGCACCAAAGUCAGAUAGUUCUGAAGAUUCAAAGCCGGUCAGCUCUGAGAAUAUUUUGACUAGUCACAGCGAAAGUGUUGAUUCCAAUGCCAACACGUACAAUUUGACGUCACUUCCGCCAAUGAAUAGUGCCGCCAUUGCUGGUCUUAAUUUCCCCAUAUCGACAUACCCAACGAUCAGUUCAAGACCCGACUCAGGCUCCAUAAAGGUAGAAAGUCCAGAAAACCUUAGUGCACAUGCUCAAUAUGGAACAUCUUCUCCGAAGCACCAGUCAGGAAUGGGCAACGAGCACCUGCAGGGGCAUUCCCAUUCUAUAAAUAGCAUUGGGAUUUCCCAGAAUGACGCAGGAGGCCUUGGAAAUAUUAGUGCGUAAACAUAUUCCAAAAUGUUUGUGGACGAUUGAGCUUACAUGAUUGAUACAAAUCAAAAAUUGUGAUAACCCGAUUUGCUAAUUCUACUACGAAGAACAAAUUCUAGACGGAUGCAAUCACUAGAGACAGAAAACGCUAGCAUAAUAAUCAUAUGGUAAACUAGUGACAGGAAGUGUUAGCAUACUAACGUAAACUAGUUCCAGGAAAUACUAGCAUACUUAUGUAAACUAGUGACAAGAAACGCUAGCAUACGUAGGUAAACUAGUGCAGACAGCGCUAGCAUACUUAUGUAAACUUAUGCCAGGAAGCGCUAGCAUACUUAUUUGAGCUAGUGCCAGGAAGCGCUAGCAUACUAAUGUAAAUUUGUGCCAGGAAACGUUAGCAUACUUAUGUAAACUAGUGACAGGAGGCGCAAGCAUACUAAUGUAAACUAGUGACAUGAGGCGCAAGCAUACUAAUGUAAACUAGUGGCAGGAGGUGCUAGCAUACUAAUGUAAACUAGUGGCAGGAAGCGCUAGCACACUAAUGUAAACUAGUGACAGGAAACGCUAGCACACUAAUGUAAACUAGUGACAAGAGACGCAAGCAUACUAAUGUAAACUGGUGACAGAAAACGCUAGCAUACUUGUGUAAACUAGUGAUAGGAGGCGCAAGCAUACUUAUGUAAAUUAGUGCCUGGAAGCGAUAUAAUACUAAUGUGAGCUAGUGACAGAAAGCGCUAGCAUACUAAUGUAUACUGGUGCCAGGAAGCGCUAGCAUACUAAUGUGAGCUAGUGACAGGAAGCGCUAGCAUACCAAUGUAAACUAGUGCCAGGAAGCGAUGGUAUACUUAUGUGAACUAGUGACAGGAAACGCUAGCAUACUUAUGUAAACUAGUGCCUGGAAGCGAGAGUAUACUAAUGUGAACUAGUGACAGGAAAUGCUAGCAUCCUAAUGUAAACUAGUGCCUGGAAGCGAGAGCAUACUAAUGUGAACUAGUGACAGGAAACGCUAGCACACUUAUGCAAACUAGUGCCUGGAAGCUAGAACAUACUAAUGUGAACUAGUGACAGGAGGCGCAAGCACACUAAUGUAAACUAGUGGCAGGAGGCGCUAGCAUACUAAUGUAAACUAGUGACAGGAAACGCUAGCACACUAAUGUAAACUAGUGACAGGAAGCGCAAGCACACUAAUGUAAACUUGUGACAGGAAACGCUAGCACACUAGUGUAAACUAGUGCCUGGAAGCGAGAGCAUACUAAUGUAAAUUAGUGACAGGAAGCGCAAGCACACUAAUGUUAACUAGUGACAGGAAACGCAAGCAUACUAAUGUAAACUGGUGACAGGAAACGCUAGCACACUAAUGUAAACUAGUGACAGGAAGCGCAAGCAUACUAAUGCGAACUAGUGACAACGAGUGACAAGAAGCGCUUGAAUUCUUAUGCGAACUAGUGACAACGAGUGACAAGAAGCGCUUGAAUUCUUAUGCGAACUAGUGACAACGAGUGACAAGAAGCGCUUGAAUUCUUAUGCGAACUAGUGACAACGAGUGACAAGAAGCGCUUGAAUUCUUAUGCGAACUAGUGACAACGAGUGACAAGAAGCGCUUGAAUUCUUAUGCGAACUAGUAACUACUUGUGACAGGAAGCGCUAGCAUUCUAAAGGGAACACUUAAUUAUCGUUGUGAAAUAUGCACCGAAAAGCAUAUUUGAAUAAAUCGGUUUUGUUGCAAUGUUGUUGUAAUGUACGUAGCACUGCGAACUCACAUAAUGUACACGCUUGAUAUCAUUCCAUUGUACAUAGUUUUGAUGUGAUUUGAUUUCUUCAUAUUUUAAAAUUAAUCAUUUCAUCCAAAUUAUUUGAAAAUGUUCUUGCAGUAUUAUUUUUUCUUUUGUCCAUUUCUUUUAAUCCACCAAACGGCUCUUAUUUGUGUUAACAUGUAGUUUAGCAUUGAUAAUUUUAUUCUAUAGGUAUAUAGAAGGUAUCGUAAUUAGGUAAUCACUCCGCUGAGAUUGUGGUAAACAUGUUUUAUUCCAUAUGUUAUCGUUUUGUUAACAUUUUUCACCAUGAACCAAGAUACCUCACACAUUAAAUAAAAUGCUCCAAUUAUUAAUAGUCGCGGUAGAAAUAGAAGUGUAUUAUAUACAUUGUAGAAUCCUAGAAUAUUGCUGAUUAAACAAGGUGCUAAUUAUUAUUCUCAAAGUCAAAUCGUGUGUGAGCAAUUGACUUUGACAACAUUUUUUAAAUGUUAUUUACUACUAAUUUGAAAACUACAACACAAAAACAUGAACAUUAUAUGACGGCGUAUUAGUCUGAAAAAGUAUGUAUAGUGUAGAGCAGAAUAGUAAACAACUGAAAUGGUAUAUACUAUGACUUAAUAUAACACUAAUAUGAAGACGAAUAAAAAUGAAUAUUAUGCAAUUAUCAACA